AUGAUUCCAGAAACAGACAACAAUACGACCGCCAAUAUAUGUUGGGAUAACGCGACCAUCGGAUGCAAUGAAAGCCGUUGUGGCCAGUCAGAGACUGCUGCUGAAGUUUAUCGCAGAAUUGUGGACCGUCUGCAGAUGUAUCCUUCGCGCAAUAGCCUGGAUAAUGCGCAAAGUCAUGCUUCUAAAUUGGAUGAAGACCAACUUAGACGGAUUUGGAUAGCCUCAUUCACAGGAAGUAGUUUAUUUUAUCGAUCAUAA